AUGGAGCAGACAAAAGCCCUCAACGCCUUGGAGCCCUUCGUAGCGCUCACAAAGUCAGCAUCCGCACCCCGCGCAGCCGCCGACCUCGUCACGCAAGCAACAUCCAACCAAAAUACCUACGUCUUCGCCGAGCUGCUGCAAACACCCCAGAUCCAGGCCUUAUCUCAAUCCCCCGACUACGCCCCGCACCUCAAGCUGCUCGAAAUAUUCUCCCACGGCACCUACGCCGACUACACCUCGACCCCAAACCUGCCGCCCCUGAACCCCGCCCAGACCCUCAAGCUGCGCCAGCUCUCGCUCCUGACGCUGGCCAGGGACCCGCAGCACAACCUCACCUACUACGCCCUGCAGCAGCAGCUGGACCUCAACGACGCCCGCGCCGUCGAGGACCUCGUCAUCAGCGCCGUCUACGCGGGGCUGCUGGAGGCGCAGCUCGACCCGCGCAACGGCGUCGUGCACGUGUCGUCCGUGUCGCCGCUGCGGGACCUCGCGCCGGACUCGAUCCCCGCCAUGCUCGGCUCGCUGCAGACGUGGUCCGGGCGCUGCACGUCGACGCUCGCAGACCUAGAUGCCCAAAUCGCCGCCAUCCGGGCGGACGCCGCGCGCCGGCACACCGACAAGAAGGCGUGGGACAUGGCGCAGGCAGCGCUGAUGGACGCGGAGAAGAACGGUGGUGGCGGUAACGGUGGGGCAGGAGGCGGAAGAGGAGGAGAGCAGCAGCAGCAGGGCGCGCACACCCGUGGCCAGGCCGGCAUCCUCAACCGCGCCAUUACGCACAUGCAGCAGCAGGGCCAGCAGCGGUUCGGCAAGCGCGGCAGCGGCAGUCUGGAGCCCGGCCAGGACGACGACGAAGCCAUGGACUUGGACGAGGAGGAGCCCGACGAUGGCGAGGGAGGCGGCAGCGGCGCCGUUGCAGGCGGUCCGGGUAAGAAGCGGAUCAGCCGGCGGAAGCUAUAG